AUGACACUACCAAUCAUAAGAGUUCACUGGCUGGACGAAUCGAGAGCUUUCAGAGUUCUUUGGCUUUUGGAGCAUCUAAAACUAGACUACGAGAUUAUUCCUUACAAGAGAAAUGAAGGAUACCGUGCUCCUGAUGAAUUGAAAAAAGUCCAUCCACUUGGAAGAUCUCCUCUGAUUGAACUGGAAGACAGGGAAACGGGUAAGAAGAAAAUUCUGGCUGAAUCAGGAUACAUUUUCCAGUAUGUUUUGCAACACUUCGACAAGUCCAACAUAUUGAGCUUUUCCAGUACGGACUCUGAAGAGAAGGUCGACUAUUUCUUGCACUAUGUCGAGGGUUCAUUGCAGCCUCCUCUGAUGAUCGAAUUCCUUCUGUCCAUGGUCAAGAAGGCGCCCAUUCCGUUCCCUCUAUCGUAUCUGACGGGCAAAAUCACCGGGAAGAUCAGCGAAAAGUACUCGCAAGGCGAGGUCAAGAACCAGUUCGACUUUCUGGAGGGCGAAAUUGCCAAGAAUGGCGGUUACAUCGUCGAUGGCAAGCUCAGCGGAGCGGAUAUUCUUCUGUCAUUCCCACUGCAAAUGGCUUUUGAACGUGGUUUCGCGAAACCGGUAGAAUACCCGGGCAUGGACAAAUGGUUGAAAACUAUCACUUCUGUGGAUUCUUACUCUGCUGCCAAGCAGAAAGCAAACGCUCAUGGCGGAAAAUUUUAG